GCAUUAAUGAGAGUAAAUCUAUUUUAAUACCCACCACACGUUUGGAAUAUCUGGGUAAUGUCGUUGACUCUGAGUCAAUGACGGUCACGUUACCUGAACGAAGGAAAUGUAAACUUAUUCACAGCUGUGAGGAAUUAUAUAGUUGUGGUAGAGCUCGAAUCAGGGAUGUGGCCCGAGUAAUAGGUUUGCUAGUUGCUGCCAUUCCUGCUGUUGAGAUGGGUAAACUUCAUUAUAAGAAAUUAGAAUCUGCAAAGAUUUCUGCACUGAAAAAAGUUAAAGGGAAUUUUAAUAAAUGGAUGGAUAUCACUGAUGACAUGAAAACAGAUCUCUUUUGGUGGUUGAACAACAUUACAAUACAAAACAGAAGAAUCUUUCGGAAUGGCAUGGAAUUAGACCUGUAUACUGAUGCCUCGAACUUAGGUUGGGGAGGCUUUCUGAAUGGAAAACAGAUUAAUGGAAGGUGGACCUUUCUAGAAUUGGAUUUGCAUAUUAAUGCCAAAGAACAUACAGACAUAUUUUUGACAUUGCAGUCAUUUACAAGUUAUAUCAAAGGCAAACAUAUUUGGGUGUUUUGUGACAACAUGACAGCUGUUCACUAUGUCAAUGAAAUGGGUGGCACGAGAUCUGCUGUGUGUAAUGACAUUAGUUUACAAAUUUGGGAUUGGUGUGAAGAAUGAGGCUUGGAUUACGUGUUCUCAUGUGCCAGGUGCAGUUAAUCUCUUGGCUGACGCUGCAUCCAGGAAAUUCAAUGAUAGGCAUGAAUGGAAAUUAAAUGAGGACAUCUUUCAAGAACUUUGCAAAAGAUUUGGGGUUCCAAGUAUUGAUCUUUUUGCAUCUAGGCUCAACAAACAGGUGCCUCGCUUUUGUUCGUGGCUACCUGACCCAGAAGCUGAAUUUUUCUAUGCAUUUUCAAUUAGUUGGUCACAGUUUGAGUUAAUUUAUGCUUUUCCCCCAUUUGCUUUAAUCACAAGAUGCCUCCAGAAAAUUCGGGCAGAGAUGGCACGAGGAUGGAUGAUUGUGCCACUCUGGCCGUCACAACCAUGGAUGGGUGUGUUAAUCAAGAUGCUCAUCAGGGAGCCACUUCUGAUACCGAGGAGAAGGAAUGUACUGCGUCAGCCGUCAACACUGGAGGAACACCCCAUCAUGACUCACACAAGGCUGCUGGCCUGUCUCUUGUCCAGGAACACUUGCGAGAACGUGGAGUAUCUUCGGCAGGCACAGACAUCAUCAUGGCCUCAUGGAGACCCGCAACCGCAAAGCAGUAUCGGCCACACAUUACUAGGUGGCUACAAUUUUGUGAUUUGCAGAGACCUGGGAUGUCCAGCCAAUGCUCCAGCACCUGAGAACCAUGGAUCCAUUAUCUUCUCUUUCACUAAAGGACUUAACGUUUAAACUUGUCAUGUUAAUGGCACUCACGCAAGCUGCUCGGAUGCAAACGUUGCACUAUUGUUGUUGAGUGGCAUCCAAAUUAAGAAGGACUCUAUUUCAGUUUUGUUAAAAGGAAACAUAAACAAUGUAGGCCUGCCUUCAAUGUCAGAAUUGUUACUUUCCAUGCAUACUCAAGUGAUAGUAGGCUUUGUGUCUGUGAAACAUUGAAGUUCUAUAUUGCGCAGACUGAACGACUACGCGGUGUUGACAAUGGCAGUGAAAGCCUACUUAUUAGUUUUAUCAAGCCUCACAAGAAUGUGUCCCGGGACACCAUUGCCCGUUGGAUCAGGUCGGUAGUUCAUUUAUCUGGCAUAGACACAGCUAAGUAUUCAGCUGGUAGUGUUCAGUCUGCUGCGGCAUCCAAAGCCAAAGCCAUGAAUGUGCCCAUUACGCACAUCAUGGCGAAGGCUGGGUGGUCAAGAGAAACCACCUUUGCUAAAUAUUAUGACAAAGAAAUUGUCUCAAGUUGUGAUACAUUUCAGGAAGCUGUUCUAAUGUAGGUUAGAAUGUAUGGCACAAAAAGUUGAAUUAUUUCCUGUGUUUAUUAAAUUUGAUAAAUUUCUCUUUUUAGUU